AUGGCCCAACCAACGUCAGCCCAGAAAAUCGUCUUCGGCUCGAUGACGCUUGGCAAGGAGGGCGCCGACCAAGCACGCGUCCAUAGCCUUGAAGAGUCGGGUGCGAUAUUGGAUGUUUUCCAGAAGUUCGGGCAUAUUGAAGUUGACAGCGCCCGUAGCUAUGCCGGGGGCAGCACCGAGGAAUAUCUGGGGGCUCUGAAAUGGCAAGAGCGCGGUCUGGUUCUCGAUACCAAGCUCUCACCACUCGGCAGACUGGGCGCAACCAAGUAUACUCAUUCUCCAGCUGACCUGCGCCGGGGCCUGCGGGAUUCAUUGACGGCUUUGAGAACAGACAAGGUGGACUUGUGGUAUCUCCAUGCACCGGACCACAACGUCCCCUACGAAGAGACACUUCGCGAGGUCAAUGAGCUACAUAAACAAGGGUACUUCAAGCGCUUCGGGCUCAGCAACUAUGCCGCGUGGGAGGUUGCUCAGAUCUCCGAGAUCUGCAUCAGAAACGGAUGGAAGCGGCCCGACGUCUAUCAGGGCGUCUACAAUGGUCUUCAUCGCUCCGUGGAAGCAGAACUCUUCCCCGCGCUUCGACACUACGGCAUCGCAUUCUACGCGUAUAACCCGCUUGCUGGCGGAUUUCUGACAGACCGAUAUGAGCGGUCCACCCAAGAUCAUGAAGAAGGUAGUAGAUUUGACCCCAACAGGAGCCAGGGAAAGAGUUACCGCGGCCGUUACUGGAAUGAGACGUACUUUGAUGCCUUGGACAAAGUGAGACCGGUAGCGAAGGACCUGGGCAUCAACACGGCGGAGGCUGCGCUACGGUGGAUAAGUCAUCAUGGAGUCUUGAACAAGGAAAAGGGGGAUGCCAUCAUCAUCGGAGCUAGCAGUGCGAAGCAAUUGGACGAAAACCUGCAGAACCUAGGAAAGGGGCCUCUACCAGAGGAGUUGGUAAAAGCUUUCGACGAAGCUUGGAGAGUUGCCAAAGGUAGGGUUGAGAACUACUUUCGAUAA